UUUGGUUUCACUUUCAUGGUGUUCGAUCUUGUAGUUGCCAACGGAUGAUUCAUUCCAAACAAUCCCAGGUUUCAAUGGAAUCAAUAAAAAAGGGGCGAAUGACGAGUUGCAGUGACAUUCAUCAGCUGCUGCCUGAGAAUGUGGUAAUUGAGAUCCUCUUAAGGCUGCCCGUGAAUUCACUGAUUCGGGCAAGAGCAGUAUGCAAAAAUUGGUACACUAUCAUCAUAAACCCUAGUUUUGUUUCUGAGCACUACGACCACCCCAGCAACAGUGCCCGUCUUUUUGUUCACCGUUAUGACGAAAUUUCCAGUGGAUAUGCUUUCUCAUUGUUCCCUGAUCAAACACUCGCCGGUUAUCCUCCGGCGUAUCAGAAUGUGGUGGUGGAUAUGUUCUUCUAUAUGGAUGUCAGUCUCUAUAAUGGCAUACUGUGUCUGUCCAGUCGCAAUCAAUCCAAAGGCUUUGCUCUAUGGAAUCCCGCAACCAGAGAAUUUAGGUCCCUCCCUGUAUUCCGUCUUAACUUUCCACCAGAUGUAGUGAUUUUCAAAGAAAUUUUUGGAUUUGGUUUGGAUCCCAUUACUAAUGAUUACAAGGUUGUGUGGAUUUGGGACACUCUGGAUUCUAACGAAGCAAUUAGGGGCCCUUACCAGGCUGCUGUGUAUACCCUAUCUACUGACUCCUGGAGAUAUCUUGGUCAUGUUGCUACGCCUUAUACUACCAUUUACAACCCUCAGUCUAACACAUGCAUUAAUGGAGUUCAUUACUGGCGUACAACAAAUAAAGAGAAUGAUCAUCCAUUGAUCCUUUCAUUUGACAUGGGCAAUGAGUUGUUUCACAAUAUACGUGAUAUUCCCAGUUCACAUGGAGUUCUUGCAUCCUACAAUAACUCGCUUGCUCUGAUUGAUGCUGAUUCUCGUCCAUUUGUUGACAUAUGGGUGAUGAGGGAGGAAGGGUGUUGGACAAAACUAUUUACUUUUGAAAUCAUUAGAGGAGUGGAUCGGCCACUUGGGUUUUGGAAGAACGGUCAGCUUUUUAUGGAAUCUGAUGAUGGUUUUAUGACCUUAUAUGAUCCAGUGACUCAUGAAAUUAAGGAUCUUGGAACCCGGUUUAUUGCGGAUGAUCCCUUGCUCUACAGGGAGAGCCUAGUCCCAAUAAGAGGCAGAAAUGGGUUUCUAGAACAGGAUCAGUUGUCUGAUGUAGAUCAAGUUUUAAACUUUUCUAAUGAGUUCAUUUACCGGCCACUCCAUCUGACGAAGAUUUUGAAAUUCCUGGUUUGUAUCUGAUCUUCAUGCUGUGUGCUUUGGUGCAACAACAAUGACUAAGAAGGAAAAGGGGGGAAACUAGAUGUAGAACUAAAAGAUAAUGGCAUGUUAUUUUUACCAUAUUAUUGGUGAGUGAUAAAACUAAAAUUUUACUCUA